AUGGGCCGUUUCUAUACGAUUGGGGUCGCCACGUUGGCGGCAACCGGGUCAUUUCUGUUUGGAUAUGACAGUGGAGUGAUGACCGACGUGAUAGCAUCGCCCAAUUUCUUGCAGUAUUUCAAUACCACGCAGACAUCGUCCAUUAUCGGUGCGAUCAAUAGUACCUUCUCCGGUGGAGCCGUCAUCGGGGCCUUGCAAGGUGGCUUGACAAUGGAUCGCUUUGGCCGCAAAUUCACAAUUCAAAUGGGCGCAUUCAUAUGUCUCAUCGGCGCCACUCUUCAGGCAUCGGCACGGAACUUGGCGAUGAUCCUGGUGGGUCGCAUCUUGGCAGGAUGGGCCGUCGGGCUCAUGUCCAUGUCGGUCCCGGUCUAUCAGGCCGAGUUUGCUCAUCCAAAGUCCCGUGGCUUGAUCGUGGGGUUGGCACAGCAAAUGAUUGGAGUUGGUUUCAUUGUCAGCACAUGGAUAGGAUAUGGAUCUCUCCACGCAUCAGACUCUAGCCAAUUCCAGUGGCGCUUCCCGUUGGCCUUUCAGGUUGUUCCGGCAUUGGUGUUGGUCGUUGGAAUGAUCUUCCUGCCCGAGUCUCCACGGUAUCUCAUUGAGAAGGGAAGAUAUUCAGAGGGGAAGCGGGUGCUCCACAAGUUGCACUUUGACGGUACCAAUGAGGAUUGGAUUGAGGCAGAGUACAGUGAGAUCUGCCGGACUAUCGAAGCCGAGCAGUCUGUGGCUGCGCAGGGCUGGAUGCCCAUGUUCACCGUUCCUCAAUGGCGGACUCGGAUGCUGUUCGUUGCGAAUGCCCUCGGGCGAGAAGUGAAAGAAACACGGGCUAACUGUUCCUUCAGUCACGGACUUGCGGUCCAAGCUUUCACCCAAAUGACCGGUAUUAACGUGAUUGGGUACUAUCAAACAAUCAUGUACAAGGCGCUCGGUUUCACGGGGAGCCGCAACACGCUCGUCGCGGGCCUCUACAACUGCGUGGGCCCAAUAUCGAACCUCAUCUUCAUCGUCUUCAUCCUCGACCGCGUCGGUCGCCGCAAGCCGCUGCUCUUCGGUACGGUAGGCAUCUCGCUGGCGCUGAUCUGCGAGGCAGUGUUAAACUCGCAGAAUCCGGAUGGUCAACGCAUCGGAUACAGUAUUGGCGGGGUCUUUUUCCUUUUCGCCGUAUCGGUGAUAUUCUCUCUUUCAUAUGGGCCCGUUGGUUGGGUGUAUAUGGCAGAAGUAAUGCCGAUGCAGAUUCGAGGCAAGGGCAACGCCUUCGCGGUCGGAAUCGGAAACUGGGCAGUGAGUACGCUGUGGAAUCAGGUAUCGCCCAUCGCAUUGGGGAAACUUCAAUGGAAGUUUUAUUUUGUCUUCGUAGCCUGGAAUCUGUGCGUGUCGCUCCCGGUUAUCUACUUUUAUUUUCCAGAGACGAAACAGAAGACACUUGAAGAGAUUGACCAGCUGUUUGAUCGAGUACUGGAACGAAUCCCCGAAGAAGGUAAUGUGGUGCAUCCACGGUCGGAGAAGGAGGAGGCGGGGGUGCUGAACAUCGAGAACGCCGGAUUUAUCCAUGGCUAG